UGCAGACGUGGGAGAGAAGAGCGCUUUGAAGACUGUCAAACACAAUGAAGCUUUUGGUCUUCGCUGUCCUUGUUGCUGGAGCGUACGGGUGUGGCCUGCCCACCUUUGCCCCUGUGGUGACCAGAGUGGUGGGAGGAGAUGAUGCUAGACCACAUAGCUGGCCCUGGCAGGUCUCUCUGCAGUACAACAGAGAGGGGGAAUGGAGGCACACCUGCGGAGGCACUCUGAUCUCUGACCAGUGGGUCCUAACAGCUGCUCACUGCAUCAGCUCUAAGCAGUACAGGGUGGCCCUGGGAAAGCACAACCUGAUCAACGAGGAGGAGGGAUCUCUGUACGUGGCCCCGGCCAAGAUCGUCGUCCACGAGAAGUGGACUCAACUCUUCAUCCGCAACGACAUCGCCCUGAUCAAGCUGGAGACCCCCGUCACCUUCUCUGACUCCGUCAUGGCCGCCUGUCUUCCUGAGGCCGGCUUCCUGCUGCCCCACAACGAGCCCUGCUACGUCACCGGCUGGGGACGCAUCUCCACUGGAGGUCCCAUUGCAGAUGACCUGCAGCAGGCUCUUCUGCCCGUGGUUGAUCAUGCCACCUGCACCCUGCCUGACUGGUGGGGCUUCAUGGUGGCAGAGACCAUGGUCUGCGCUGGGGGAGACGGCAUUGUGUCUGGAUGCAACGGGGACUCUGGUGGGCCUCUGAGCUGCCGCAACGCCGAGGGGUCCUGGGAGGUCCACGGCAUCGUGAGCUUCGGAUUGGGCCUCAGCUGCAACUACCCCAAGAAGCCCACCGUCUUCACCCAAGUCAGCUCCUACAGAGACUGGAUCGACAACACUAUGGUCAGCAACUAAAGGAACAAGCACCUGGACCUGUCUAAAGACUAACUGCACGUCACCUUAGCAAAGCUUAGCUUGUAAAAAAAAAUAUUUCAACAUAAACAUCUGAUUUUAA